CUAAAAUCUCCAUUUUGUUUGUUUGUAGUGAAAACGUCAAAAUUGGCACAAACAAAUUUUAUCAUUUUAAGAAUAAGUGAAUAAAUAAAUUUUUGGACUUUCUCGUACAAUAAAGAUGGCACAAAAUAUAAGCCCCGAACACAGCGGCAUCUCAGGCGGAUCUCAAGGAGCUAAACAUAAUGAUGACUCAGUGCCUAUUAAGGACAACCAUGCCGUUAGCAAAAGACUACAAAAAGAGUUAAUGAGUCUAAUGAUGACCACCGAGAAGGGAAUCUCGGCGUUUCCUGACGGAGAAAACAUUUUUAAAUGGAUCGGAACAAUUGCGGGACCCAUCAAUACAGUCUAUGCUCAACAGAAAUAUCGACUGUCUUUAGAAUUUCCCAACUCGUACCCAUAUGCACCACCCGUUGUGAAGUUUUUGACGCCAUGCUUUCAUCCCAACGUUGAUUUGCAGGGAGCUAUUUGCUUAGACAUUCUGAAAGACAAGUGGUCAGCCUUGUAUGAUGUUCGCACCAUUCUAUUAUCCAUACAAUCGCUUUUGGGUGAGCCAAAUAACGACAGUCCUUUAAACGCGCAGGCCGCGAUGAUGUGGGCCGACCAAACCGAGUACAAAAAAUUCCUUGAUACUUUUUAUGAAAAACAUCAAGACACAUAGAUCGCUAACACAUUUUGUCUCAUCCAUCCCUUGCCCCACCCCCAUUAUUGAAUAUGUACAAGAAAUUACACGCCAUCUUUUAUUAUAUCUUUAGUUACUAUGUGUGUUUGAAAUAUUUACGCUCUUUCCUCGAGCUUUUAGCAUAACGUCUUUAAAAUCGGCCAAUAUUCUAAAUCCUCAUAUUGUUUCUUUACCUCUUUAAUUUAUUUUUGAUUAAGACAUUUUGCAAACAAAAUUUAGUUCAAUCUUUUUAUUUUUACUUUUAGCAUUGAGAAGGGACUAAUUUGGUUUUGUUAAAGAAUAACUUUGUUUAUUAGCAAAAUUGUUUGAAAAUCCUACCUUCUCACAUAUAUAAGAAUUUGUCAUUGAAUUUCAAAAUAAAAUUAAAAAGCAUUAUCAAUAAAUAUUGUAAUCACAUAA